UGUCAGAGCAAAUGUUUCUAAAUGAAUGUAUACUGUGUGUGUGUAUCUGUAAUAGAGAGUGGGUAAAGUUACGUUUGGCAGCUUUAGACACACCCAUUAGUCCAACACUGGUCUGAUGUCAGGAGUAUCCAGUGUCACUCGCAGGUCCUGGAACAUCUUGCUUUUUUUGGCUGGAUUCACCAGUACAUGGUGAAUUUCAUUUGUUAGCUUCAGUCCUGCUCUGCCAAAUCUCACAGCAUGUCGGGUGCCUACGAUGAGUCCGCCAUGUCCGACGAGACCACGGACAGUUUCUGGGAGGUUGGGAACUACAAGCGUACAGUAAAGCGAAUCGAGGAUGGCCAUCGACUCUGCAAUGACAUGAUGAGCUGCAUCCAGGAGCGUGCCAAGAUCGAGAAGGCCUAUGCCCAGCAGCUCACCGACUGGUCCAAGAGGUGGAGGCAGCUGGUGGAGAGAGGGCCGCAGUACGGGACAUUGGAGAGAGCCUGGGUCGCUCUGAUGACAGAAGCAGAAAAGGUGAGCGACUUGCACCAGGAGGUGAAAAAUAACCUGCUGAACGAGGACUUGGAGAAGGUGAAGAACUGGCAGAAAGAGGCCUACCACAAACAAAUGAUGGGCGGCUUCAAAGAAACCAAAGAGGCAGAAGAGGGUUUCCGGAAAGCCCAGAAACCUUGGUCCAAAAAACUCAAAGAGUUGGAAACAGCAAAGAAAGUGUACCACAUGACCUGCAAAGAAGAAAAAAUUGCAUCCACAAGGGAGGCCAAUAGCAAAGGAGAGGCGUCAGUCACAUCAGAUCAGCAAAAGAAACUCCAGGAGAAGUUGGACAAGUGCAAAAACGACGUUCAAAAGGCCAAAGAGAAAUACGAGAAGAGCCUUGAUGAGCUCAGCAAGUGCACGCCGCAGUACAUGGAGAACAUGGAGGUGGUGUUUGAGCAGUGCCAGCAGUUUGAGGAGAAGAGGCUGAACUUCCUCCGGGAAGUGCUUCUGGAUGUCAAACGCCAUCUUAACCUCACCGAGAGCCAAACCUAUGCUACAGUCUACAGGGAACUAGAGCGAAGCGUCGCCUCAGCCAGUGCUCAGGAAGACCUCAAGUGGUUCAACAACGUCCACGGGCCAGGCAUGCACAUGAACUGGCCACAGUUUGAGGAGUUCAACCCAGAGCUGAGCCACUCCAUUAAUAAGAAAGAGAAGGUGAAGAGGAACCAUGAUGGAGUCACGCUGACUCAAAUCACACAUGGUUUAGAUCAGGGAACACCUCAGACUUCAAACCGGGGCAGCGUGAGCAGUUAUGAGAAGAACCAGCAGUAUUCUGCCGAAUGGUCCGAUGACGAGCCGCCGCCUGCGGCUCAACCAGUCAGCGAAACAAACGGCGGUGGAAAUCCAUUCGAAGAGGAGAGUAAAGGAGUGCGAGUGAGAGCGCUGUAUGACUACGACGGCCAAGAACAAGACGAGCUCACAUUUAAAGCAGGAGAAGAGCUGACCAAACUGGAGGACGAGGACGAGCAGGGUUGGUGCAAAGGCCGGUUGGACAGCGGUCAGCUUGGCUUGUACCCAGCUAACUACGUCGAGCAUGUUUAGUUGCCUUGUGGGGUGAAGAAGGCCUUAAAGACUAUUAAGAGAUUUCAGAGAAACUACAAUUUCCUUGCCUGAUUGACUUGCUGAGAAGCUUUACGCAGCAUUUCCUUAAUACCAUAACGAAAAAAACCUACAGUAUCCAAAACACAUAUCUACCCCAACGAGAGCAGGGAAUGAUUCUGUGCGUCUGUGUAGCCAUGUUCAGUAUGAAUUAUUGUGCUGCUGACAUGUGUUCGCGUAUGGUCUCCUGUAACAAUAUUAAUGUAAUGACGUCCAUGAAGCCUAGCAUAGCGAGAAUCAGCUAUGCAAUGUGUAUACUAGAUUUUUAUUUUGAAGUGGAGGUUCUGUGUUAAACCUAGUGGCCCCUUCUCGUGUAUCAACGUGAAACGGCAUUUUCAAUCUAUUUCGCUUACAUAAUUUGAUGUAUUUAUGGAUAUUCAGUGAGAAAAAUGUAGAGCGGGACUUGCUUUUAUGCUAAUUGGAUGCAGAAGAGCGGGCGUUUCAUACUAGAAUGGAUCCGUAUGGUUGAGGGGAGGGCUUUGAAAAUUAAAGGGCUUGAUGACAUCAUUCAACAAGGAGAGUCGUUGUAGAGGCGGAGCAUUUGUAUUUUUUUAACAUAUUUUUCUCGAUGAAUUGUGCACAAUAAUACCAGAAACGUGUGUAAAUAGGGUCAGUUUUGCUUUAAUGCGUCAAAAAAAAAUUCCAAAUGUAAAUAAUGCCUCAAAACACAUUGAAUUCACUUUUCUUCUUUUUUUUAAAAACCUAUUUUAAGAAAAUGUAAAAUCCUGUGAACAAAUUGUAAGCUUUCUCUUAAAAGAGUGCAGAACUUUGGAGAAGUGUCUAGAAACAGGACUGCUGAUGGAAGUUUUCAGAUUUAAUGAUACAAAUUCAGAAUGUUUGAGUCGGGAUAUUAGUUAUGAUUUCAUGACCAUUGAACUGUGGUUCACAGUGGUAUCUGGGCACAUGCUAUUGAAAAGUGUGUUCAAAUGCUUUUUCUUCUGCCUUUUGCCUGUUUAUGAGACUGGGAAUGUCUUUUAACAUGCGAUCUAUAACUGAUUCAGUGGGCAAACUCCUUACUGUAGCGCAACAAUGUUAAUAAUAAUCUAUGGUGAUUUAAUUUGUCAUGUUUUUAACACUGUAGCCUUGUUUUUAGCCUGAGAGCUUCGCUCAGGCUCAGCUGUUAUGGAUUGUGGAUGGAAGAGGUGAUGUGUGUGUAUAUAUAUACUGUAUGUUUAGACCGGACUGACGUGUUUUACUCUUCAUGUCAGUGUAGUAACUGUUCCAUUCAAGUUCACAAUAAAAAACCUCAUGAAUCUGA